UGUACUGGUGGCGAGGCCAAUCUCCUCCUCCUCUUCAGUCGAUAGCGACCGUGAAUUAGCGUUCAGCAGCGAACCGGGCCGACGACACAGUGUUGCCGCAGCUCCCAGCGCGCCAGGAAGCACCAGAAGGACGGUCUACUCGGUUAUGGGCCCGUUUCGUGGCUGUUUAGUGUGUGUGCGUGUGUGAACGUUUUAUGUCUUUUAUGUCGAGUAUCCUGCAUGCGAGGUCGAUCGAGUCUGGAAUCACAACCAAACAGAGAAAGCAAUAAAAUCCCAAAAGGAACCCAAAAUUCAACCGUCAACGAACGCUGUUAAUAAUACUCUACUCUUUACGAAAAGAGAGGCAGAGAAAAGGGACAUUGUAGUGAACCUGCAGAAAAAAAAACAAAAAGAUAAAUCUUAAGGCACAGUGUGUGCGUGUAUGUGGUGAAUUCGAUCGAUUGAGCCCUUAGUGUCCGUCCCCGGCUGUAUACCAUCAUCCACACGAUGUCGGCCAACUGUGAGAUCACCAUCACCAGCCCGCAGGAGGCGCAUAGCAAGGGCAGUCUGAUCGUGGUAUCCAACAGGUUGCCAUUUGUGCUAAAGCGGGAUUCCAAGACGGGCAAGUUGAGCCGUCACGCAAGUGCCGGCGGGCUAGUCACAGCGGUGGCCCCGGUCGUGAUCAAGGGCAAAGGACUGUGGGUCGGUUGGUCCGGCAUCACGCUCGACGAUGAGAACGAACUGAUUCCGGAGUCGGAUCCGACCGAUGUCACGCCGACCGCCGGUUUGCUCUCGGAGCAAGUCGUCUCGGUGAACGUGGAACCGAAGCUGUUCGACAGCUACUACAACGGCUGCUGUAAUGGUACGUUCUGGCCACUGUUCCACUCGAUGCCGGGUCGGGCCACGUUCUGUGCUGACCACUGGCAGUCGUACUACACGGUGAACAAAGAGUUCGCCGCCCGCACGAUCGAGGCGCUCGAGCGAUGCCUGCAGCAGAACACGCACCAGGGUGUGCCGAUCAUCUGGAUCCACGACUACCAUCUGAUGCUGGCGGCUAACUGGAUCCGUGAGGCGGCCGAUGAGCGUAACCUGCCGUACCAGAUGGCGUUCUUCCUGCACAUUCCGUUCCCGCCGUGGGACAUAUUCCGGCUCUAUCCCUGGUCGGAUGAAAUCUUACAGGGAGUGCUGGCGUGCGACAUGAUCGGAUUUCACAUUCGCGACUACUGUCUAAACUUUGUCGACUGCUGCCAGCGUAACCUCGGGUGCCGUGUGGACCGUAAGAAUCUGCUCGUCGAACACGGUGGCCGAUCGGUGCGGGUGCGCCCGCUUCCGAUCGGCAUUCCGUUCGAGCGGUUCGUCGAGCUUGCCCGGACGGCUCGUAAAGUGAUCAAUACCAACCAGAAGAUCAUUCUCGGUGUGGACCGGCUGGACUACACGAAGGGUUUGGUGCAUCGGCUUAAGGCGUUCGAGGUACUGCUGGAGAAGCAUCCCGAACAUCGGGAGAACGUAAGUCUGCUGCAGAUAUCCGUCCCGUCCCGCACGGAUGUGAAAGAAUACCAGGAACUGAAGGAAGAAAUGGAUCAGCUGGUGGGCCGUAUCAAUGGGCGUUUCACCACGGCCAACUGGUCACCGAUCCGGUACAUCUACGGGUGCGUAGGUCAGGAGGAGUUGGCCGCCUUCUACCGGGAUGCAUCGGUGUGUCUCGUGACGCCACUGCGCGACGGCAUGAACCUGGUGGCGAAAGAGUUUGUCGCCUGCCAGAUCAACGAACCACCGGGUGUACUGAUAGUGUCUCCAUUCGCCGGAGCGGGUGAAACCAUGCACGAGGCGCUACUCUGCAACCCGUACGAGCUGGAUGCUGCUGCGGAAGUCAUCCACCGGGCGCUAACGAUGCCCGAGGACGAACGGACGCUUCGAAUGUCCCGCAUGCGAAGGCGCGAGAUGCAGAACGACGUCAACAGCUGGAUGCGACAGUUCCUAAAGGCGAUGGGUUCGCUGGAGGAGGAUGACAUCGGCACGACCACGAUGCAGCCGGUUUCGGUGGAUGAUUUCGAUGAUUACCUAUUGAACUACAUCGGAUAUAACCACAAACUGGCCCUGCUUCUGGAUUACGAUGGUACUCUGGCACCGAUUGCUCCCCACCCAGACCUGGCCACACUUCCCCCGGAAACCAAGAACGUCCUACAACGACUGUCGAAUCAUUCCGAUGUGUACGUGGCGAUCAUUUCCGGGCGUAACGUGGAGAACGUCAAGCAGAUGGUUGGCAUCGAGGGCAUCACGUAUGCCGGAAACCACGGUCUGGAAAUUCUUCACCCAGAUGGUAGUAAAUUCGUCCAUCCCAUGCCCAUCGAAUACGAGGAUAAAGUUAGUGGGCUGCUGAAGUCGCUGCAGGAUUCGGUUUGUGGUGACGGAGCAUGGGUAGAAAAUAAGGGACCCCUCCUGACGUAUCACUAUCGUGAAACACCUGCCGAGUUGCGUCCCGCCUUGGUGGAGAAGGCUCGCAAGUUGAUCAUUCAGUUCGGUUUUCGGGCGGCCGAAGCACACUGCGCCAUCGAAGCGAAACCUCCGGUACAGUGGAACAAGGGUCGUGCCUCAAUCUACAUCCUCCGGACGGCUUUCGGUGUUGACUGGAGUGAGCGAAUCAAGAUCAUCUACGCUGGUGACGAUAUGACUGAUGAGGACGCCAUGAUGGCCCUCAAAGGUAUGGCAGCAACGUUCCGUGUUACCAACUCCCAGAUCAUCAAGACAGCCGCCGAACGGCGCCUUCCGUCGACCGAUUCCGUGCUGACCAUGCUCAAGUGGGUCGAGCGACACUUUAUGCGUCGUAAGCCGCGCGCCAAUAGUCUCACCUAUCGCGGCAAGAAGAAGGACAGCGUAAAGAUCCAGAUGGCGUUCGAUCUGGUUCCCAACUCGAGCGGUGCCAGCAGUCCCGUUUGCAGUUCGGACGAGCGCGACUAGGUCCGGUCAUCGCUGAUCAUCGUUUUAUCCAACCUUACGCUACCGUUUCAAUGCUUUUCCUUACUUCCCCCUUCAUCAUUUUCCUUUUGCCCUUCGUUGUCGAACCUUUUAUCCCGUCACUCUGCUCUUUCCCGGUAGAAUUUUAAUAUGUUGUACGUUUAUUUUAUCAUAGUUAUUUGUUUUUUUUCUGUGUUACGAACACACACCACAAAGCAAAGCGGGUGGUUUCCGGCGGUGAAACCACUAAAUGUUUUAGUGAUCUGUUACGCCAAGUACGGUGCCAAAAUGGAAGAUGAAACAAUGAAAAUUUGUUUUGUGAAAAUCGCUGAUAUUCGUAGAAUGUGUUGUUAGGAAAUAGGUUAGGGAAAAGAAAAAUAAAUUCUUAGUCGCUACCAAGCAAACAGGUACAGUUAUUUCCUUCUUCACGAAGCUCUUAUCACAACCGUGAGCAAAAUGUAGGCCGCCAGGACGCCAAUGUUUGUCCCGAAAAGGCGUCGCAAUAAAACGAUCCGAAAUUGAAAUAAUUUUAUGAUGCUA